AUGUUUAAAAAAGCGAAGAAAAAGGGGAUAACAAUCAUUAGUCAUAUGGGAAGAUCUAUAGAAUUUUCCCAUAGAUGGCGCUGUUUGCCUUUGAUUUGCCCACUGGGAAAAUUUUUUGGUUCGACCAGUACCAUAUGGUUUGGUCAAACCAAAAAGUUUUCCUAGUGGGCAAAUCAAGGGCAAGCAGCGCCAUCUAUGGGAAAAAUUCUAUAAUUCUUGGGAUGUAAGCUUUGAUCAGCAUUUUCGCACACAAAAAAUUGGAAUAAAGCAUAACGAUUUUCCAGAAUCUUUUAACCGUGAUUUAGCGUCGGAUAAAACUGAUAUUGAAGAGAGGAUAGAUUCUCUUACAAAGCUUGCUAAUGAAAUUAAGGUUAAAGUUACUAUUCAGCAAGAAUCUCGAAAAGAAAUUGAUGCCUCAACUGAGGCGAGCAAUAAAAAGGUAAGAAGAAGGCAUGGACCCAGCAAAGCAAAAUUUGUUGAUAGAUUACUGUUUGAGUCCAGCAUAAUUAAUUUACAUCUAUAA